CCUUUUCUCCUCUCGUCAUUAAUAACGAUGUCUGCAGCUAUAAGACCCCAGAUCAAUAUUUACUCUGAGUCAGGAGAUAGUACUAUUGGAAAGCAUGUACUUCCAGCUGUUUUUAAAGCUCCAAUUCGUCCUGAUAUUGUGAGGGUUGUUCAUACAAACAUCUCAAAGAGUAAUCGUCAGCCUUAUGCGGUUUCUUCAAAAGCUGGACAUCAAACUUCAGCUGAAUCUUGGGGUACUGGUCGUGCAGUUGCCCGUAUUCCUCGUGUGUCUGGGGGCGGUACUCACCGUGCUGGACAGGGUGCUUUUGGUAAUAUGUGUCGAGGUGGUCGUAUGUUUGCACCUACCAAAAUUUGGCGUAAAUGGCAUGUUAAAACUAAUUUGAAUCAAAAAAGAUUUGCCACAGCAUCAGCUUUAGCAGCAUCAUCAAUUCCAUCGCUCGUAUUAGCAAGAGGACAUCGUAUUGAAGAAAUUCAGGAAGUACCGCUUGUAAUUGGUAGUGGCAUUGAGUCUUUAACUAAAACUAAAGCAGCAGUGGCACUUCUUAAAACUGUUCAUGCUUAUAGAGAUGUAGUAAAGGUUUCAAAUUCUCGUAAAUUAAGAGCUGGUAAAGGCAAAUUGCGUAAUCGUAGACAUCGUCAACGUAGAGGUCCACUUAUUGUUUAUAAUGAAGAUAAUGGCGUCGUUAAAGCUUUUCGUAAUAUUCCUGGUGUUGAAUUAGUUAAUGUUAGAAGAUUAAAUUUAUUACAGUUAGCUCCUGGUGGCCACGUUGGUAGAUUUAUUAUUUGGUCUCAGGGUGCUUUUGCUUUAUUGGAUAGUUUGUUUGGAACUUAUAGGAAAUCCGCUGCUCUUAAAAGAGAUUAUCAUCUUCCAUCACACAUUAUUACCAAUUCAGAUGUUACCAGUAUUAUCAAUUCUAAAGAAAUUCAAUCGGUUCUUCGACCUGCCGGCGAAAAACAUGAAAAACGCCCAUUUACUCAAAAGAAGAAUCCCUUGCGUAAUAAUGGUGUUAAGAUUCGUCUUAACCCUUAUGCUAAAAUAUUACAAAGAGCUGAAAUUAUUGCAGCUGAAAAACGUAAGGCUGGUAAAAUUAUAAAGAAGAAGCGUCAAUUUAAAGAAUCUACUAGGACUUCCGUUAGAACUCUUAAAAUUUUGACUGAUAAAUAAUAUAUAGUGAUAUUUUAUUCUGUAGUUAUAUUUUAGUCAGUUUUUUUUACUAAAAGCAUUAAAAGCAAGAUUGAUUUAUAAAUUGAUUUCAACUUUUUAUUAAAAAAAAACCUAACUUAAAUUCAAAAAUAUUGAUUAUAAUACCG